CUGGACAGGCUCUACGUCACAUUUUCAAUUAACGACAACGGAGAACAACGUUUAAAACCAGAGCUGUUUGUAAGCAGAAUUUGUGUAAACAAAACGUGUAGUGCUACUAUUUUCGGUGACAUUCUUAUUGUUUAGCCCUACUAAUUCUGAGUUUGCAUCGAAAUUGAACGGGGCGAUUUUCGCAUUCAGCUAGUCUGAAUUUGACAUUUGUGUUAUUUAUCAGCCGACAAAUACUUCUAGUCCAUGCAUGCUAUUUCCCGUGGCCUAAGUUAAGUUUAUUCGUGAGAAGUGACACCAAUUUUGGUUUAGAUUUUUUCUAUCAAAGGUACCUUUCGAACAGAUUUUUCAGCAAAGUUGACCAAACUCGAAUGGCAUUCGAGAAAACUGCAAAUUAAAUAUUUUCACUGUUCACUGAUAAAAUAGCUCUGAAAUGCGACCAUGCCCCCAUCUACAGGGAGGGUAAAAUUAAAUAGAAACGUGCUGAAAGUUGAAGGCAAUAAUGGACUGCCAAGCGUGCCCAGACGGAGACGGCCCUUCAAUGUGUUGCACCAAGCCACCGGCGAAACACAUGGCGAUCCUAAACGCAUCCGGAAAACACUGGAAUGCUCUUUACAAAACAGCGAAGUGAAAACGAAGGAUGAUUCUGUUUUGGGGAACACUGAAUCCUCAGUCUUGAAAUCCGAAAAUCAUAAUUUCCCCCCAUACUUGGGGACAGAAAAAGGGCACCUUGCGAGUCAGACAGCUGUGGAAAAAACAACUGCGGUGCCAGCAGACAGUGGGGAACAGAGGUCACCACCAUUGACUGAAUGUGAAGAUAUUGAUAGGAGUCCCAUUGUUACACGCCGUCGCCCCAAACCCCCCGUCAGCUCGCCAUCCUGUCUGCAGCGGUCAGUCAGGAGAGUGGUCAAAACCUUGUGCUGCGCCCUGUGUGGCGACAUUAAAUACACGCCCCCUAAGAGAAGGAAGCUGCCCAGGGUUGAGCCAGUUGGAGUGACAGGCAGAGGCAGGGCCAGCGUCCUCAGCAGAGUAGUAGGGCUUGAGCAGCCUAAGGUCAGGGUUAAAACCAGGAAGAACUUCACCUCCACCAUUAAGGCCCCCAAGAAGUUGGUGAUCUGGAUAGGGAGUUACCCCAAGGUCAAGCUCUGUGACGUAGCUCAAGUAUGUGACAUCUCGGUUGGGGACUUUUCCUGCCUGCUGCCUGCCCAGCUCCUGACUUCCAAAGUGGUGCAUUGUUUCAAGCGGGACUAUCGGAGAGAAGUUAGUCUGUUAGGGCCUAGUUGUCGCAGCAGAGGGAGCCAUGGGAGUGAGAAGACUGGGGAGCGCCCUGGUAGAAAGAAGUCGCAUCACUGUUCUCAGUGUGGGAAGAGUGGUCAGCUUCUGACGCCGACUGAAAAUCACCAGUGCAUGCACACUGGGGAGCAUGGAUUGACUGAGUCCAAUUGUUCUGCAUCUCUCACCGCCUCGAAGGGCGGGACGUCCGAAGCCUCCACCAAUGGUUUUGCUUGUCUUUUACUAGGUAAGCAGCAGGUGAGCAGGGGGUCGAGCGGGGUUGGAACGCGUGACGGAGGCAUUCUUGAAGACUCGGGAACAGGAAGUGAUGUCGUAGAAACAGGAAAGCCAGUCGCUAAGCGGAUGAGGUUGGGAGAUGUCCACGGAGACACAAAGGAGCAAAAACAUUCUAGUCCAAACGAACCAGAACGGAAUUCUGGAAUAGCUACGGCUUCCCUCGGAGGCAGUAGGAUGCCAUGUGACGUCCCGCCGCAUUUACACACGAGUGAUGUCAGUCGUAGUCAUAGCAACGCUACAGACGCUCCUGUGAGGUUACACCACUCGGUGACGCAAAAUGGUGGCCGGAGGGGAGGGCCCGAGGGAGGUGACAAGUCACUGGCGCCCCCUGCCAACGGGCUGCUGUCUCCCUGGUCCGAGGAGAACGUAGUGGAAGGAGACUCAGACAGCGACACUGAGGACCAAGACCUGUUCUCCUGUCGUAGAGUGGUGGCCUACAUGAAGAGGCUGCACCUUUCCUGUGCACGCACCUACCUCUCCUGGCCCUUCCCCAAACCUGAUUCUGCACUGUCACUCUCUGUGACAUCAUCAGUCCUCGACGCUAAUGGAACACGGACACCCCCCGCGGAGUCUGAGUCAUCAGUUGUGGGCUGUGUUAAUGGAGCCCUGGUGAACGGAAAUGGAGACUCACUGGUGAGGGCUGAGAGAACCACAGUUCUUCCCUCUCACUGUACACUCUCUGAAUACACUCCACAGACAAGCUACCAGGUCUCGGGUCAUAGGAAUGGGAUGAAGGCAGAUGGAAAAGAGGGAGAGGGAAACAUGAUGGAAGGAGAAGAGAAAGACGUGAGGAACGGAAUAGGAGGAGAAGAGGAGGAUGAGAGCGUGACAUAUUGUUUACGCUUUCCUGACACUUCGAGCAAGGCGUACCCAUCCCUCCUUCCCCUGUGUAAGAAGAAGCCACAGUCCCAACUCAGAACUAGGGGUCUCCAUUGCAACAAAGCUUUCACCUCCCCUCCACCCAAAACUUCCACCCUCCUCACCCUAUCCAAAGACCAGACUGAGACUGAUACAGCGCCUUCUGUUUCCUCCAGCCUUUCUCAAACUGACACAGACACCGUUUCUAGCCUCUCGCCACCUAAAACGGACUCUGUCUCAACCUUUUCUCCACCUAAAGUCAGUGGCGGCGGUAAGACGGACACCACCCACUUCUCCACCCCCUCACCUGACCCAGCCUCCACCCCCUCUCCUAUAGGCCUCGGUAGUGACAUGGACAUAGACACAGCCUCCACCCCCUCUCCUAUAGGCCUCGGUAGUGACAUGGACAUAGACACAGCCUCCACCCCCUCUCCUCUGAGUUUCACAUCUGCAUCCCGAAACAUGGAGAUGUCCCAUACAUCCUGCUCUCCUAAUCCAUCCUCCCUUCCCUCCUCCUCUCCUACUCCCUCCUCCCCUCCACCCUCCUCUCCUAGGAGGAAGCCUCAGCCUCACCUGUGUCCUAUGUUCAAUGCAACCUCCUCCCCGUCAGCUGUGAACAGUGAGACAGACUCAUUUCACUCAGCAGAGUCGUCCCCUCUUCCACCAGACUUCUCCUGUCGUUCAGCUGUAUCCUCCUUUCUCUCAUCCAGCUCCUCUCUUCUUCUGCCUCAAGAAAAAAGAAAGGGAGAGGGAAUGGAGGUGCAGAGAAGAGGAGAGGGGGAUGAAAUGGAAGGAGAGGCGGCUCAGAGUGGAGAUGAAAGAGCGGAUGAACUGGAGGUUUUGGUUUUGCCAGGCAGUGAGUCCUCCAGCCCUGAGAAGCAGGAGCAGCAGCGUUCAGAGCAGAAGAGCAGACAGGGGAGCUCGCCGCUCAGCAAGCCCAAAGAGGGAGGGGCUGAGUUGGCCAUGAUCAGUACCCUCGCCCAUGGGCUGCCUGGGAUUCCUGGAGGUCAAACCUCGGUGCUGUGCAUAACACGCCUGAUGCUGCAGACACCGAGCUACUCAGAAGAGGACUAUGAUAAGGAUGAUGACAGUGUAGAUCAGAAAGAGAAGUUGUCGAGUGCAGUAGGUGUUCGAACACAGGCCCAGGCCUCCUCCACUGAUGAAGAUGAAGAGGAUGAUGGUAGAGAUGAAGAUGAUGGGACAUGUGGUGAAGAGGGGCAAUCACAGUCUUCUGGAGAUGGGAGACUAGAGCCUGUUGUUAAAACCCAACCCUGUACUGAUGAUGAUGAUGAUGAUGCCGACCAUCAUAAUCAGUCCACCUCCUGUACUAAGGUCAUGUCUGAGAACCAGGAAGCCGGCACUCCUUCCUCUUUCGGGUCACCCACUCAACACCAGGAAAUAGAGGUCAGGGCAGGGUCAAAGGUCAAGCUGGCUAGCGACCCCAAAGCUGACCUCUUGGACGAGUUCACAGCCUACGAGCAGGACAUCCUUGUUGUGGAUGUUCUCCUGGAUGACCCAGAGCUGUUUGGCAGCGUGCCCCAGGACAGUGACCCGAGGCCGGGGUCAACCAGGGGAGGAAGGGGCCCUAGAACCAGGACCACCAUCGGGGCAGGGAGAGCCCUACCACUCAGGGGUGCAGGUCCCUCAUGGGCCACUGAGAAAGGCUCCACCACUGGUACAGAUGGGCCUCCUGGUUCUAAGACCGACCAGAGAAUAAUUAUCCACAUUAAAGAUGAGGAGAGUGCAGGGCGAUCUUGGAGACCUGUAGCCAGCCCCAACCCUAAGCCUGCCCUGGUCCACAGCAACAGCUGGCCCCCUACUCUACACGCAUUACAUCCAGACCAGGGUGGAACUGACUGCGACUACAACUACAGCCCUAUGAAGGAAGAGAUCUCUGAGAGGUACCUGACCGUUCCACUGACCACCACAACGCACUACAUCAUGGCCCAGGCCAUCCAGACUCUGAACUCAUUUAAGAGCACACUGCCUUAUCUGAUGACUGGGGACUCCUGGUGCAACGCCCCAUGUAAAGACCCAGCGGCACCAGACACCGGCCCUCAAAGACACUUUGACAGUUAUUGCAAGUAUUAUUUCAGCAUGUCGGACUGUUUCCAUAAGACCUGUUGGUUCCUCCAUGUGCCCAAGAAAGGGGACGAGAAGUUCUGUGUGGAGACGGUGCUGAGGUUUGUCAGGUCUUCCAACCCUGUCUGUCUGCAGCGGGCAGUGUCAGUGUUUAGGUCGUACUACCAGUCCUGUCCUCCAGGUGUCUACCACACCCCUCUGGUCCUGAAUUCUCUCCUGGCCGCUCUGCUCAAAGCUGGCUUUCUGUCUGACAUCAUCACAGUGCUGCACGUCAGCACCGCCCACAACCUACUGCCCAGUCCAGCGUUUCUCCUGGCUCUGUUUGACUAUGUGAGGGAGAAAGACCAAUCCGUUUUACCUGAGCUUAUUCAACUCACCUCUAAGAUGGUAGAUGCAGGCUUGGGGUUAAAUGUGGACCAAUGUGAGCGUGUCCUACACAUGUUCCUUCAGUCGCCACAACACCACCCAACAGACUCACCUGGCAACUACACAACCAAACCUGGCAACCACAGGUCGACGACCACUGAAGCGCCCACUCCUGAAGCGCUGAGUCUGGCCCACGGUCUCGUGGAGGUGGCAUUGUGUUCCCAGCAGGAGGACUGGGGGAGGUUGGGCGUAGUCUUCCGCUCCAUAUGCCACUCCCACAGAAGCCUUGUCGAAUUACAGCACUUCAGCGGCUGCGUUGCCAUAGCGCUGCUCGAGGGGGACAAAGACAGACUGGCCCUGCCCUUUGCCUCCUUCACUGAGACAGUGUACCAGGAGACAGAGGACUGGGAUGAUGGUCUGAUCAAGAGCUUCCUGGGGAGAAUAGGAGUCUCUCUCAUGUUCAGAUACCACAAGACACAACAAUGGGCCAAGGGCCGGAAGCUGGUGGAGGUGUUGUCCAGGUUAAAGGUAAACUACUCCACUCUGAAGGGACUGUUCGGUAAUGAGGAUGGAGCUUCUCGCUGUCGCCUGGUCACAAUAGCUACAGAACUCUUCCUCAGCAGCGACAGUGUAGAGGGGGCACUCAACACUCUCCGAGAGAACGAGUGGUUCCUGAGUUCGUGUGUGUGGCCGUGUUCGGUGGAGGACGUAGUGGAGAGGACAACAGUUCUGGUUCGACUAGCUGAGAAAACAUCCCACAGAGACACACUGGAGGUCCUCACUAACCUGCCUGGUCUUAAGGAGCCUGCAGACCUAGCAGACAUCUCCAUCUACGGCUGUCUGUUCAAUGGUCACCUCAAGUCAUGUGUGGAAAGACAGACUAUGACUGUGGCCUCAGACACGCUGGACUUCAUGUUGUCUAAGAGCCUGGCUGUGGACCCUCCUCUGCUGCACACUCUGCUGCACAAACUGGGCAAGCAGAACAUCUGGCUACGGGCUAGAGCUCUCUUCAAACAGGCCCUGUGUCUAGGCUACUACCCUGGUGUGAAGUCCGUGCCAGGCUCUCUAGCCCUGACCGUUCCCUGUUCCCUGGGGGAGAUGGAGUUAGCUCUGGCCUUUGAGAUGGUCCUCACCCUUAACGCUACAACCAUCCUCAACACAACAGACACACCACAGUCCAUCAUCAUCACACUCAAGAGAACAGGAGACCGUGAGAGUGAGUACUUGGCGGCAGGCAGUCGCCUCCUCUCUGCAGCGAUCGUCCCCAACCCUAAACUGACCGUCCACUACAAAGCGGUCAACUCUUGUCAGGAACAGCUGUUCACGGUCGACACACACACCGCACGCCGCUGGCUCCGACACAACUACACCUGGGCCAAUGAGGUCUGGACACAGUCCUAGGAAUAAAAGCGUUCCAGGAAUGUUGACUGACGUUCCCAUCCCGGGAAUACCGGCCAAUGUUCCAAUCCCGGCGAAUAUUGAGAUUUUUGAAUCUCCUCUUUCUGGGAAUACCAGGAAGCUUUGGAACAGGAAGAAGUUGUACUCUACACUUCCUUGGGUGGGUGGGUGUGUGUGUGACACUCUCUUCAAACUUUAGCCUACAGCAUCUAGACUUUACAGGCUACUCUGAUCAAGGGAUUCAUGUCAAGAAAAGACUAUCAGAACUGCAUAUAAUCGUUUGUGUUUUGUACCAAACUUAAUUGUAUGUUGAGUUUUUCAUUGUAAGUCGUUUUAAUUUAAAGGAAGUGUUGAAUGGAGGCGAGAAGACGAACUUUCCGAGUUUGUUUGGCUUUGACUAGAUUUAGUUUGAAAAAUGUGGUUCAUUUGAAAGAGUUCUCUAAUUUUAGCUUGAUUGUCUUUAAGCACUUUUGUUGCACAUUUCUGAGGCACUUGAACGUUUGAAGCUAGAUUUUACUGUUUUGUAAGAAAGAGGGAAAAAAGAUUUAAAAGAAUGUCGUUAUCGAACUGGGUACCAUUCAUACUUGACUACAAGGUUUGUUUCAGGCAUUGUUUCUAGGCAUAUUUUAAAAGCCUAAAAUGUGUAUUUUGUGUCAGUCAGCUCUUUCAGUAACGCUACAUUUAAUGGAAUAAGUCCACAACAGUACUGUAUUAUUGUAAAGAAAGAAAGCAUGUCCACAACUGAUAUGCUCUCACUGUGAUUUUGAGACACACAGACAGACAUUGUGAUCCCAGAUAACAUAAUGGUCCUAGCUGGAUCUAAACAUUGUCUGUGUUUUCAAUAAAAUGUAUGUGGGAUCACGUCAGUGUUUACGACUUUCCUGAUUUCUUUAUAUUCCUAUUUGUUUCCUUUUACAGUACUUUAUCAUUCUAUUCUUCUCAUUAAUGCUUCAAAGUGAUUGUCGAGAACCCGGUUCUCCAUUCUAAGUCUAUUGCCGGUUCUAGCGAUGAACAGCAUUUCAGCGUAGUCUACUACUGUAGGUAUGUUUGGUUGUGUAAAAUGCAUUGUUUUUCCUGGAACAACAGUCUAAAAGUUUCUAUUUAGUCUUAUUUUGUAUUUCUUUAAAGUGAAAAAUAAACUAUUACUGACCGA